AUGACCUCCUCUCCCGCGAAGCAGCUGCUGCUCCUGUCCCUGCCGGCCGACGCACGGCCCGCGCAGCAUAGCGACAUGGACGCGCAGACGUGGCUCCUGCGCGAGCUGCUCGGCGGCCGUGCGACGGUCAGCGAGUUCGCAGUGCCCGAGUUCAAGAUUGGCUCGCUGGACGCCCUCGUGCUCCAGUCCGAGGAGCUGGGCCGCGUCGACGCGCAGGUGCACGCCGCCCUCGGCAAGAUCGAGGAGGCGCUGGCCGCGCUCGGCGAGGCCCCGGGCCCCGCGGACCCGCCGUCCGCCUUUCGCUGGGACACGCGCCGCUACAAGCUCGACCGCCCCAUCCGCGACCUCAUCGCCGAGCUCGCGCGCGAGUGCGCGCAGCUCGACUCCGACGUGCGCGCUGCCGCCGCGGAGCACGCGGCCGCGUGCUCCGCGCUGGCCGCCGCCGACCGCCACGAGAGCGGCGACCUCUCCGUCCGUGCGCUGCACGACAUCGUGCGUGAGGAGCACUGCGUGCUGGACAGCGAGUACCUGACCACCGCCCUGAUCGCCGUGCCCCAAGCGCGCCGCCCCGAGUUCGAGCGCGCCUACGAGACUCUCGCGCCCCACGUGGUCCCGGGCUCCGCCGCUGUGCUCGCCUCGGACUCGGAAUUUGCGCUCUACGCCGUGCACCUCUUCCGCCGUUCCGCUCCGGCCUUUGCCGCCGCGUGCCGCGAGCGCGGCUGCGUGCCGCGCGACUUCACCUACUCGCCCGAUGCCGUCCGCGCCCUGCAUCAGGAACGGGUCGCCUCCGCCGCCCGCGCCCAAGCCGCGCGCGCUGCGCUGGCUCGUCUAGCCCGCACCGCACGUGCUGACGUCCGCGCGGCCGCCCUGCACGUGCUCGCGCUCCGUGUGUUCGUCGAAAGCGUGCUGCGCUAUGGACUACCUCCGCAUUUCGCCGCGCGGCUACUGGCCGUAGCUCCGCGGGAUGCUACGCCGUGUCGGGCAGCUCUGCGCGACCAGUUCGGCUACCUCGGCGGCAACGCCUUUUCCCGCGACAAGCGUGGCCGCAUACAGCGGCACGAUGCGGCACUCUCCGAGUAUGCCGCACUUGUGGACACCGACUACGAGCCCUUUGUGCUCUAUAGCGUGCCGCUGUGA